UGAAUCUUCUCACUUUAAACUUAACAGUCUCUCUUUCUCUUUCUUUUUUAUACCUUUCCUCUCAUUCUCUUUCUCCAAAUCUCUGAUAAUUUUCACCAGAAUCUCUCUGUUUAAAAUAAUAGGUGAAAGGAGGGAUGUUGAUGGAUGAGUAUAUGGAUCUUAGACCAGUGAAGUACACAGAGCACAAGACUGUUAUCAGAAAGUACACUAAAAAGUCGUCUCUAGAGAAGAAGACCAGUGGUGGUGACUCGGCGAGGUUGGUUCGGGUGUCUAUGACGGAUCGUGACGCCACUGAUUCAUCAAGCGACGAGGAUGAGUUUUUGUUCCCUCGAAGACGUGUCAAGAGAUUGAUCAACGAGAUCAGAGUCGAGCCUAGCUCCUCCUCCGGCGACGUCUCUGCUUCUCCGACGAAGGACCGGAAAAGACUCACCGUUGAUUCUACGGUUCAAAAGCCCUCUGUUUCUGGCCAAAACCAGAAGAAGUACCGCGGCGUGAGACAGCGACCAUGGGGAAAAUGGGCGGCGGAGAUUCGUGAUCCGGAGCAACGCCGGAGAAUCUGGCUCGGUACUUUUGCCACGGCGGAGGAAGCUGCCGUCGUCUACGACAACGCAGCAAUCAAACUUCGUGGCCCUGAUGCUCUUACCAACUUCACCGUACCACCAGAACCACAAGAACCAGAACCGGAACCAGAACAAGAACCGGAGAGCAACAUGUCGGUUUCGAUAUCAGAAUCAAUGGACGAUUCUCAACAUCUAUCAUCUCCGACAUCGGUUCUCAACUACCAAACAUAUGUCUCGGAGGAACCAAUCGAUAGUCUUAUCAAGCCGGUUAAACAAGAGUUUCUUGAACCAGAACAAGAACCAAUAAGCUGGCAUCUUGGAGAAGGUAAUAACAAUAUUGAUGAUUCAUUUCCAUUGGACAUUCCAUUUCUCGACAACUAUUUCAAUGAAUCACUACCAGACAUCUCCAUAUUCGAUCAACCUAUGUCUCCUAUUCAAACAGAGAAUGAGUUCUUCAACGACCUUAUGUUGUUUGAUAACAACAACACAGAAGACAACGACUCUUCCGAUAUCAAAGAGUUUGGUUCAAUGUUCAACGAUCUUGAUGACUCUUUGAUAUCCGAUCUUUUACUUGUGUGAUAUUUUUGCCAUAACCAAACACCGGUUUGGUUGCAAAUAUCGCCGGUGUGAGUCAAAUUUUGUAUGGAGUUUUGAUAAGAUUUUGUUUUUUUCUUUUUAUUUUUUGGGUGUUUUAUGAUUUUGUUAAGAAGUAAUUUAAUGUUAUCGUCGGCUUGUAAAACAGUUUUGGAGAAACAUUGGGAAAACAAUAAACUCAUUAAUUUAGU